AUGUCUGAUCACCCACGUCUUCCGACGUAUAGAAGUCCCACUGGUACGCUCUACGCGAUUGCCGACAUUCACGUAGCCUUCGCUGUCAACAAAGCCGCCUGGGCUGAAUUGGCCCCGCAUCCCCGAGAUGGCCUCAUAUUAUGCGGAGAUGUCGGGGAGACCGUCGAGCAUCUCCAACUAGCAUUUUCGACAGCUGCUAAAUGCUUUGCCGCAGUAUGGUGGUGUCCUGGAAACCAUGAGCUAUACACGUUCACGACCGGAUCAAGCGCCGGUGUACGGGGGGAGAACAAGUAUCAGCAAUGUGUCGAGAUAGCGCGAUCGUAUGGUGUUCUCACACCAGAAGAUGAUUUUGUCCUAUGGGAGGGACAGGGAGGCCCGGCGGUGAUUGCGCCAAUUUUCACCCUGUACGACUACUCUUUCAGACCGGACGAUGUGACUUUAGAAGGCGCAGUGCCAUGGGCUAGGGAAAUGAACAUUGAGGCAACGGAUGAGUUUCUACUUCACCCAGACCCAUAUCUUAGUCGCCAAGAUUGGUGCAAGAGCCUUGUUCAGAGAUUUGAAGCCAAGCUAGGAGCUGCAAAAGCGCGGUAUCCAGAAACCCCGAUGAUCAUUGCCAAUCAUUGGCCUCUCCGGGAAGAUCUCGUAACCUUGAAGUUCAUACCAAGGUUCUCCAUUUGGUGUGGUACAAAAUUGACAGCCGACUGGCAUCAAAAAUUCAAUGCGAAGGUGGUCAUCUUUGAGGGUGAAACAACCUGGGGCUAUGAGGAAUGGGAUGGGCCCCUGUUGCAGAUUUCAGGUACCGGGAUCACCGUGGAGGGUGCUUCAGGUGCUUACUUGAACCCCGACGGAGCACGAUGGUGGGAUGGAGAGGGCAGCAACGGAGGCAAAACGAAGCCCAAGUUCUUUUACGCCCAUGAUCUUACCGAUUCGACAAUUACCAAUCUCUAUAUUGAGAAUACACCAGUCCAGGCAGUUAGCAUCAAUGGCUGCGAUGGCUUGACCAUCACGGAUAUGACCAUCAAUAACAGCGCUGGUGAUACUGAGGGUGGUCAUAAUACUGAUGGGUUUGAUAUUGGCUCUAGUACUAGCGUGGUUAUCACUGGUGCCAACGUAUACAACCAAGAUGAUUGUGUCGCAGUCAAUUCUGGAACAGAUAUUACAUUCAGUGGGGGUGUUUGCUCUGGUGGCCAUGGGCUGUCUAUUGGCAGUGUAGGUGGCCGAAGCGAUAAUACUGUCGACACUGUCAAAUUCGAAAAUAGUGAAGUAAAGAGCUCUGUCAAUGGUAUCCGUAUCAAAGCAACCGAAGGUGAUACUGGCACCAUUACUGGUGUCACCUAUAGCCAGAUCAUUCUUUCGGAGAUCUCAGGUUAUGGAAUUAUUAUUGAGCAGAACUACGACGGCGGUGACUUGGACGGGGGCACCGCUAGCUCUGGAAUUCCUAUCACAGACUUGACCAUUGAGAAUGUCUCUGGAAGCGGCGCGGUCGAAUCCGAUGGAUACAAUUUUGUCAUUACGUGUGGUAGUGGCGCCUGCUCCAGCUGGACAUGGGAGGACGUAGUUGUUACUGGGGGCAAGGAUUACGGAUCCUGCACCAACGUCCCCAGUGUUGCAACCUGCUCUACCUAA